UGACACCUAUCACGCAGUCGACAGAGAACAACAAACAACAAAUUUUAGGGCGGGUCAAAUAUUUUUAUUGGUUGCCUUUUCUAUUUUAAUUUAAAUUGUUUCCAAUUUGUUUUCAAAUAUUUUGCGCUCAGUACCAAUUGUUUGAUAAGAAGUUGAGCCGUGGUGCAAUGGAACGUUGGGUUUUAAAUACAAUCAUAGCUCUGUGCUUGAUACAAACAGUGCUUGCUAUUAAAUGCUGGGAGUGCCGAUCAGACAGUGAUCCCAAAUGUGGCGAUCCCUUUGACAACAGCACAUUGGUUAUUACGGAUUGCAAUCAGGUAUCUAAUUUGGAGCACUUACCCGGGGUGCGGCCAACCAUGUGUCGCAAGAUUCGACAAAAGGCCCAUGGUGAAUGGCGCUACUUUCGCAGCUGUGCCUUCAUUGGAGAACCUGGUAUUGGUGGUGACGAGCGCUACUGUUUAAUGCGCACCGGCAGCUACAAUAUUUUUAUGGAGUUCUGUACUUGCAACAGCAAGGAUGGCUGCAAUGGAGCAGGUUUACUAAGUGGAAACCAGGUAGCUAUAGCGGUGACAACAGUACUAGUUUCAACAGUGGCAUGGUUUCUAAGGAAUUAGGGAAGCCCAUUAAAGUACAAAGUGUAACAAAGAUUAAAAUUAUCAUAUAAAGCAAGCAUACAUAAAUAAGUAUAGCCAAUUAGUGCCUUCCAUAUUGAAUCGAAUACGCUAUAAUCUCUGCUCAAUUCUCAAAAUCUCUAUAAAAAUUUUCUAAUUUUAUUUUACAUACGAUAUUUUUUAUAUGCUUAAAAUACUUAAAUGACAAGCAUUGCCGUCCACUAUUAUUUCAUUAAAAUUUCUAUUAUGUCAGUGUUUUGUAUUUGAAUUUCACAUCGAUUCCUAGUUGUUUUGGCUACUAGAUUCCAAAAAUGCUCUAUGUCAUUUUAGUUUGUUUGAAAGAAAUUUAAAUGCAGAAUCUGCUGCAUAAUUUUGUUGUUUUUUUACAAACACCAAAUUUUAUCUAUUUUACAAUUUAAGCGACAUAAAGUUUUACAUAUUUUUAUAUACACAUUCCACUACUAAC